CGGACUUUUGUCUGGUUGUCCCCAUGUGCGAAGAAAGGAGAACGAGAAGCGCGCUUGCGUUCAUACUUUAUGUGACGGAUUGUAUUACGUUGGUCCUCUUUCGGUCAUGAAGCUCUUAUUUACGAAUUCGUUUUUUGAUGGUGAAUUAAUGUGUUCUGAUGGUUGAAGAGAGAAAUAAAUUCGACAAAACGAAUGGCCAACCAAUAUACUGUGGUGAAAGAUUUUUUAGUUUCGGUUUGAUUGUGGAAACGAGUGUUUGCAUUUCUCGACGAAGCCGGAUCAUUAGUGAUUUUCCAAUAGAAGCUAAGUAUGAAUAAAAGUUAGUGUCUGAAGCGCUCGAUUAUAGUGUUGAAAUUGUUUUUUUUUUAAUUUGAAGCAAUAAUUAGAAAGUAGAAGCCAUCACAUUUUUCAAAGAACAGUGGUGAGCAGAAUCGAUUAAUCAACUGUAUUAGUGAUUUCCGUUCGUUAUACAUAACUUAGCUAUACAGAGCGAAACACGCCGGUCAAAUUGUGUAACACGUAUACAGUGCGUGCGGCCAAUUUUUUAGUCAAAUAAGGAGACACUAUUUAGUGUGCUGAUUUCAGACAACAAUACAUUUAAAUUUAACAGUCGAUCGUCUUGGUUCCAACCAAUUAGAAGAGAAAGGACAAGCAACACUAGCAUACUUGAAUUUAAAAAAUGAUGGAAUCGUCAGUUAAAAGAAAUUCAUCAGAAAAUUUAGCAGCACUAGAUGAAACGCGCCUUUUCGGUGAAGUACCCGGUAGCUAUGUAAAUCAACAUGCAACCUCUAUUGGUAAACCUGCGCACGAGGUUUCGCAGGGGUUAUCAAGGCUCAGUCUGCGAUCAUCUUCCCCAGAAGAUGGUAACGAUGAAAGUUCUGGAAUUGGAAGUAUUGUGAGUGGCAUCGCGAACGUUGAUAAUGAACAGACAAGCGGUAAAAACGACAAGGCGACUAGUGGCUUAUUCAUUCCACUUCAUAAAAUAACAGACAUCACCAGCGACGCCAGUUUAUCCGAACAACAUCAAAACGUUACCCACCCCCCAGUUGUCAUCGACAUCGAAACUUGGGAAGAGAAAGACGGAAUCAUUAUGAGUUACGCAGAUGUAGUACAGCAGCUUCACACGACUUUCGCUAGUGGGAAGACAAGAAAUGUUGAAUUCAGAGAGAAGCAACUUAAAAACUUGUUGCGCAUGUACGAGGAGAAUUCAGCCGAGAUGGUCAGGGUGCUUGCCGCUGAUUUGAGGAAGCACAAACAGGAGGCUCAUGUACUGGAGAUUGAUUUUCUCAAAAACGACAUUCAGAACAUGAUCUUCAAUCUGCAUGAAUGGGUGAAACCAGAGAAGCCGGAAAAAACCAUGGUCAAUAUUAUGGAUGGAGUCUAUAUCUACAAGGAUCCAUAUGGUGUAGUUUUGGUUAUCGGUGCUUGGAACUAUCCGCUGCAAUUGACUCUCGUCCCAGUAGCGGCUGCGAUUGCCGCGGGAAACUGUGUACUUAUCAAACCGAGCGAAGUGGCGGCAACAACUUCCAAGUUUAUUGCUGAGACCAUUCCAAAAUAUUUGGACUCAGAUUGCUACAAGGUGAUAGAGGGUGGCGCCAAAGAGACAUCAGAAUUGUUGCGGCAAAAAUUUGACUAUGUAUUCUAUACUGGCUCCAGCAGGGUGGGUAAAAUCGUGCAUCAGGCAUGCAAUGAAAAUCUGACGCCGUGUACACUCGAGCUAGGUGGCAAAAGUCCUUGCUAUAUCGACAGCACGGCAGAUAUUUCGAUUGCCACGAAGCGAAUCCUGUGGGGCAAAUUCAUCAACGCAGGGCAAACGUGUAUUGCUCCCGAUUAUCUGCUGUGUUCAAAGGAGGUGCAAAGGCAGUUUUUGGAAGAAGCGAAAAAAAUCUUGACUGAAUGGUACGGAAGCAAUCCAAAAGAUAGUCCCGAUCUGUGCAGGAUCAUUAAUCAGCAGCAUUUCCAACGUCUAAGUGCCAUGAUCAAAGGAGCAAAUGUGGCUAUCGGUGGGGAAACUGAUUCACAGGAAAAGUAUAUCGCUCCCACAAUCCUCGUAGAUGUUAACCCCAACGACGCCGUAAUGCAGGAGGAAAUCUUCGGGCCAAUUCUGCCCAUCAUAAACGUUGAGAACGCUUACGAUGCUAUCCGUUUUAUUAAUUCGAGACCCAAGGCUUUGUCGAUGUACAUCUUUAGCAGCAAUAAAGCGGACAUAAAAACAAUAAUUCUUAACACUUCUUGUGGGGGUGUUUGUAUAAACGACACUUUGACACACUUUUCAGUUGAAACAUUGCCAUUCGGAGGCGUUGGAUCGAGUGGAAUGGGAGCGUACCACGGAAAGUACUCGUUCGAUACGUUUGUCCACCGGAAGUCGUGCUUGGCAAAGGAUUUUAAUAUGAUCGGUGAAAAGCUGGCAUCUUCACGAUACCCUCCAUACUCAGACACCAAGCUCACAUUCCUGACUGCACUACUGAAGAAACGGCAGGGAUUUUCCACUAAAUUUCUGCCUUAUGUACUGAUGUUUGGUAUAGGAGUUGCCACUACACUCAUUGUGAGCUCCAUUGUAAAGGACGACGAAUAGGAAAUCUGAAGUACUGUUUCGGCCGACAGCAAUGACACUGUUUUACAAUCAACUGAAAGAGACGCUAGUUUACGUCUAGACCAGAGGUUAGCUCAGCAAGAACAGUGUCAUUAAUACGAAACCAUUUGUGAUAAAGCCCUCUUUAAGUAGAUAUCUUUGAAUGGGUAUAGGAUUCAAUUACAAUUUAUGCAUCUCUUAGUAUACAGAUGUAAUACAUUUAAAAAAGCAAUGAUUUUAAAAUAUUAUACUGGUACAAAUAAGUAAUUGGUAGGCUUGUAAGUUUUAACUAUUGUUUUUAAUAAUAUGUAGUUACUUGACAUUCAUAAAUGAGCGCUGCACUGUGGUCCGAUGGUACCUUGUUGGUUUCAACUAUCUGAAAAUAAAUUAUGAACAGAAAUCGGGGAUCACGACAAAUUUAGCAUUUAUUUACUUUUGUCAGAAAACUCUCAACAAUUUGUAAAAACACGCUUAUGUUACAUCAAAGUUAAACUAAAUAUAGUUUUGAAUACAAAUAAA